AUGCACAGUCCCAUCCCAGGCCUGGGCAGGGUGAUGGUGUUCCUCGCAGCAGCCUUGGUGUCAGCCUCCCUUGCCAUCCCCGAAGACUGGGGAGAGGAAGGUGUGCAGUACGGACAAGUGGGGACAGACGUGACCCUGUUGUGUGCCGGUGCCCAUGCUGGCUCUGCGGUGCAGUGGAGACGGGCAGACACCGCGGCACUGCCGGAGGGCUCAGCCAUCCAUCAGGGAGCCCUGGUGCUGGCACAUGCCAGCCUGGCCACCAUGGGAACCUACAGCUGCCAUGGCGAGGACGGUGGCCUCCUGCAUGCUGUGUCCCUGCGGAUGGGGCACCUGCCGGGGGUCCCCUUUGUGUCCUGCAGAGCAUCCAACUAUGAGAAUUUCUCCUGCUCCUGGACCUCCAGUGUGGAGACCUUCCUCCCCACCAGAUACAUCACCACCUACAGGAAGAAAUCGCUGACAGGUGAAGAGAAGCGGAGGAAUAAGAACGGGCACAUGGGGCCGUGCCUGCAGGAUCCAUCCCGCCCCGGCACCUGCACUGUCCAUGGGUCCGAGUUCUGGAGCUCCUACCGCCUGAACAUCACCGAGGUGAACCCCCUGGGCUCCAGCUUCCGCCUCCUCGACGUCACCAUGCAGGCCAUCAUUAAGCCAGACCCUCCAGAGGGCUUGGUGGUGGAGCCCAUCCCCUUGGCCCCACGGCGGCUCCUCGUGAGCUGGAAGUACCCCUCUUCCUGGCCCAAGGAACCCCACUUCCAGCUCCGAUUCCGGCUCCAGUACCGGCCUGUCAUCCACCGCUCCUGGUCUGUGGUGGAGACGGUGAACCUAUCCGAGGUGAUCACAGAUGCCUUCGCCGGGCUGGAGCACGUGGUCCAAGUCAGCGCCAAGGAUUUCCUGGAUGCAGGGAAUUGGAGCGAAUGGAGUGCCGAGGCCAGGGCAACGCCAGCCAGAGAGCUGGUCACCACAGCGAGUGAAGAAACCACUACAGAUGCCAGCCUGGAGAGCCUGGCUGAGGAGCCCUCCCAGGCUCCUAACCCUGAGCCCAUCAAUCGCAGCGAGCCCCUGGAGAAGACGGCUGUCCUGGUGUCCCUCGGGAUCUUCGCCUUCUUUGUCCUGGCUGCUGUCCUCAUCGUCACCAUCCUCAUCUGGCUCCGGGUGAGGAAGCACGGCAAGGACAAGACCAAACCCCACAGCUUCUUGGUUGCUGCCACCCACUUGAAGGCACUGCCGAAGGCACAGAUCCUGUAG